AUAUGGGGGUGGCACUGGGACCAGUAUGGGGUGGCACUGGGGACGGCACAGGGGUGGCACUGGGACCAGCACGAGUUCGGCACUGGGUUCAAUCUGGGGGCGGCCCAGGCCGCAGCUCAGGGCAGCCCUGUGGCCCCACGGCGCCGCUCCCCAUAGGGCAGCCUGGAGGACGGGCGCGUGAUCGACACGUCGCUGAGUCGCGACCCCCUGCAGGUGGAGCUGGGCAAGAGGCAGGUGAUCCCCGGGCUGGAGCAGAGCCUGCUGGACAUGUGUGUGGGCGAGAAGCGCAGAGCCACCAUCCCCCCCCACCUGGCGUACGGCAGGCGCGGGUCUCCCCCCACCAUCCCAGGCGACGCGGUGCUGCGCUUCGAGGUGCACUUGGUGGCUCUGUCCCGUGCCGGAGGCUGGAGGCGGGCGCUGGACCGGCUGCUCCCGCUGCUGUGCCUGGCGCUGCUGCCGGCCCUGCUGGGUCUCAUCGGCUUCCAUCUGUACCGCAAAGCCGGCAGCCCCAAAACGUCCAAAAAGAAGCAGAAGGAGGAGAAGAGGAACAAAGCCAAAAAGAAAUAAAGCUCCGCUCGGCGCCCGCA